AUGGCCGCACCGUCCCAACCUACAGAUAAAGCAAACAUGGAUUCCUUGGUUUACCUGGAAGAAAUGUUCCAGCAAUACGGCCAUGAGGAUGGCAUGCGCGAUGGCAAAGACUCAGGAGUACUGGAAGGUCGAAUCUUUGGCUGUGAAAAGUCGUUUGAACUUGGUCGCGAGAUUGGAUUCUACGAUGGUUGUGCAAAGACUUGGAGAGAACUUGCCGAGCGACACCAAGAUAAAAUUUCUUCAAGGGUACUCAAGAAUAUCCAAGCGUUGGAAAAGAUGGUUGACGAAUUUCCUCGUGAUAACUGCCCGAAUACCGACAUGUUUGCUGCACGAGACAAGAUGGCAGCCAAAAUGAAGGUCAUUGCUUCUCUGCUGGGUGUCAACCAAAAGUUCAACAUGGAAAAACGGUCAGAAUUGAUCUACUAG